UCUUACCUGUAUUUUUUUUCUUUUUGCAGCGUUUUUGUUCCCAUGUAUGUUGGGCUGGUGGGAAGUCUCAUAAAUACCAUGAUAUCAAUACUUUGGAUCCCUUCUCCAGCUAAGCGGAAGUCAGAACAACGUAAGACAGAACACAGUAGUGUAUUCAACAUCAGAGAAAUCCUACGUGUGAUGAAGUUUCCGGGAGUAAUGGAAAUCUUCUUAGUCAAGGUCCUUUCUGGAUUUCCCAUAGGUUUGUUCCUGAUUAUGUUUUCCAUCAUCUCGAUUGAGUUCUUUGGAUUGGAAGCAGUGGAGUCUGGAUACCUGAUGUCAUAUUUUGGUGUCCUUCAGAUGGUUGUCCAAGGCCUGGUGAUUGAAAAACUCACAAGCCGUUGCACAGAGCAGACCCUGCUCAGGCUGAGCAUCCUCGUCUUUGCCGGCGUGGGGCUGGGCAUGGCCCUGAUGAGGACCGUAUGGCAUUACUGCAUCAUCGUGGUGCCGCUGGUGUUUGCCUUCAACAUGCAGGGCACCAUCACUGACAGCAUUCUCACUAAAGCUGUGCCUUCCUCUGACACUGGGGCCAUGCUGGGGAUCUGCGCCUCUGUCCAGCCCCUGACGAGGACGGUGGGCCCAACCCUCGGUGUCAUUCUGUACAAGCAGUUUGGAGUCUCCUCCUUUGGCUACUUGCAGCUCAUUGUCAAUGUCGGUUUGUUUGUUUAUCUCUUAAAGAGCAAAAGCCCACUGAGAGAGACAAAAAGCCACUAAUUCACGAAAACUUCCUCUUCUCUUUUUCCACAGAAAUAAAAAAAGGAACGUUGUUGUA